AUGCCAAAAGCCACAACCCCGCGCAGCACGGCGCGCAGACACAAUCCCCUCGCAGAGGACAUUCUCUCGUCGGGCCACCUGCGAACAACAUCAACAUCACAAUCAGGCAAACGCAAAUCGCGCACUGACGAGGAUGAAGCAGCAGCGGGCGACAAAUUUAUUGAUGCAAAGGCUUCUCGCAAGAUUCUGCAGAUUGGACAGGAUCUUGCCGACGAAGACGAAGCCGAGCGUCGGGCAGCGCUGGGAGAGGGCAUUGAGCCCGUGAACAAGGCCUUUGACUUUUCGUCGCGGUUCGACGAAGACGCGCAAAUAUCCGACGAUGAGGACAAGUUUGGAGAAGAGCAAUGGGCGGAUGAAGACGAGGUCGACGAUGCGGAAAUCGACCCGAAUGACCUCGACAUGUUCAACAAGUUUAUUCCCAGCGGCCAGCAAGACCCGAUAUUCGAUCCGCAAGAAGCUGACGCAAACGAAGACGGCUCCGGGGUCAACCUGGCAGACCUGAUCCUGGAAAAGAUUGCGGCAUACGAAGCAAAACAAUCGGGCGAUGAUCAUCCACUGAUCCAAGGCGGCGGGGUGCCUGAGGAUGCAGUUCAGAUUCCAGCCAAAGCGCUAGAAGUAUACGAGAAAGUCGGCCUGAUCCUUUCGCGGUACAAAUCCGGCCCUCUCCCUAAGCCAUUCAAAAUCCUCCCUACACUCCCCCAAUGGCCCACGCUGCUCGAUAUCACGCGGCCAGACGCAUGGACAGCGAAUGCCGUAUACGCCGGCACGCGGAUAUUCAUCUCGGCCAAACCGGCGAUUGCGCAAGAGUACAUCAACACGGUACUGCUAGAACGUGUGCGCGACGAAAUCCAUGAAACGCGCAAGCUGAAUGUACAUGUGUACAACUCGAUGAAAAAGGCACUGUACAAACCAGCAUGUUUCUUCAAGGGUUUGCUAUUCCCGCUGGUCGGUUCAGGGGUGUGCACGCUGCGAGAAGCACACAUCGUCUCUUCUGUGAUUUCACGUGUUUCUAUUCCAGUGCUGCACUCGGCUGCGGCGCUGCUCCGGCUGUGCGAGAUGGCCGCAGAGCAGACAUCGUCUUCCCUAUCUUCUGAAGGCACGGGGGCCACCAACAUCUUCAUCCGCGUAUUCCUCGAGAAAAAGUACGCACUACCAUACAAAGUCAUCGAUGCGCUUGUCUUUCACUUCCUACGUUUCCGCAAUACCGAAAACAACGAAGACGAAAUGGUGGUCGACGGCAAACAAGCGCCCCCAUCUGCCGCCGCAGCCCUGAAUUAUAAGCUGCCGGUGCUCUGGCACCAGUCGCUGCUGGUGUUUGCGCAACGCUACCGAAACGACAUCACCGAGGACCAGCGCGAAGCUUUGUUGGAUCUGCUGCUUGUGCGCGGACACCGAGAUAUUGGGCCAGAGGUACGACGUGAGCUGCUUGCUGGCCGGGGUCGGGGAGUGGUUGUGCCUACGGCCGAGUCGCAGGCGGCGGCGGCAGCGGGCGAUGAUACGAUGGAUAUGGAGUGA